AUGGCCCUUGUUUUGCGGUAUGUUGACAAAAAAGACCAAGUGAACGAGCCAUUUAUUGGUCUUGUUCGUGUUCAUGAUACCUCUGCAAAGUCGUUGAAGGAAGCAAUACUUUUUUUGCUUAUGAAACACUCAUUAAGUCUAUCUAAAAUACGUGGACAAGGCUAUGAUGGAGCUAGUAAUAUGCAAGGAAACAUAAAUGGUCUUAAAGCUUUAAUUUUGCAAGAAACUCCUUCGGCACAUUGCAAUCAUUAUUUUGCUCAUCAAUUACAGUUGACGCUUGUAGCGAUUGCUAAAAAACAUAAGGAGGUGGAAACUUUCUUUGCUAUAGUUUUUAAUGUGUUGAAUGUAAUUGGAGCAUCCUUUAAAAGUAGAUAUCAACUUCGGGAUCAUCAUGCCGAAUUAUUGGAGCAAUUGUUAGAGAGUGGUAAAGUUCAAAGUGGGAAAGGAUUAAAUCAAGAGGUGAUUGAAUAUGAAGGUCAAGAGGCUAAUGAUAGAUUGCAAGCAGAAGCUUUUUUGAGUAAAAUCAAUUCAUUUGAAUUUUUGUUCAUGCUUCACUUGAUGUUGAACUUAUUGUUGAUGUCGAACGAGCUGAGUAAAGUUUUACAGAAGAAAGAGCAAGAUAUUGUCAAUGCCAUGAUAUUUCUUGACCUUACAAAGGAAAGGUUGCAACAAAUGAGAGAUGAAGGAUGGGAAUCAUUAAUGGAUGAAGUCUAUUUGUUUUGUACUAAACAUGAUAUUUUGGUGCCCAAUAUGGAAGAAUUCUAUAUUCCUGGAAAGUCGAAGUAUAGGCCUUCUAGUGUUACUUAUUCACAUCACUUACGUGUUGAGCCUUUUUAUACAGUGAUGGAUUUGCAACUUCAUGAGCUUAACAGUCGUUUUGAUGUUGUUAGUGAUAACUUGCUUCUUGGUAUGGCUAGCUUGAAUCUGGCUAAUUCGUUUGCUAAUUUUGAUAAAGAAAGAAUAAUGACAUUGGCCAAGUAUUAUCCAGAUGAGUUUGGCAAAUUGAAGCUUCGAGAUCUUAGUCACCAGCUUGACACUUUCAUAUUGCACAUGCAACAUGGUGACCCUAGAUUCUCGGAUUUGAAAGGAAUUUGGUGA